AGCCGCUUCCUUUGUGCUUUCUUCAGAGCAAAAAAAAAAAAAAAAAAAUCCAAUUUUCUCGUUAACCGCAAACAAAAAUGGUUUCAGACUCGGACCUCGUGACUCGACUCCGAGAGAUUCUCAGUAGCUCCGACCUCGAGACGACGACUCCGGCGACCGUACGUCGUCAACUGGAGGCGGAUUUCGGCGUCGAGUUGACGGAUAAGAAGGCGUUUAUAAGGGAUCAAAUCGAUGCUUUCCUCGAGAGCAAUGGCGGAGGUGAAGAAAACCCAGUUAGCCCUAAGGCUGAAGAAGAUGCCGAUGAAAUGACCAAAGACGGCGAUGAAGAGAAGGAAGAAAGGCCAGUAAAGGCUAAGAAACGAGGGGGUGGUGGGUUUGCCAAAGUAUGUCAGCUUUCUCCUCAGCUUGAGAAGUUUAUUGGAACCUCUCAGUUAGCUCGCACUGAGGUUGUGAAGAAAAUGUGGGCUUAUAUUAAAGAGAAAGACUUGCAAGACCCAAAGGAUAGAAGGAAGAUACUGUGUGACGAGUCGCUGCAUUCCUUGUUCCAUGUUAAGGCCAUUAACAUGUUUCAGAUGAACAAGGCAUUAGCCAAGCAUAUUUGGCCCUUAGGUGAUGGAGGAGAUGGGUGUGUAACCAGUGUGAAAGAAGAAGAAGAUGAAGGUGAUGCUUCAGAGGAAAGAGGCGAGAAGGGGGACAAAACCGAAGAAAUGGAAGAGGAUGAUGAAGAGGAAGUCAGGAAUUUGCGUAAACGCAAGAGAAAGAAGCCAGCCAAGUCCGAGGAGAAACCUAAGAGAAAAGGAGGUGGUGGGUUUGCUAAAGUUUGCAGCCUCUCGCCAGAGCUUCAGGCUUUCACUGGGAUGACGAAAUUAGCCAGGACAGAGGUUGUGAAAAUGCUUUGGAAGUACAUAAAAGAGAACAAUCUGCAAGAUCCCAAGGAUGGACGCACAAUCAUCUGCGACGAAUCAUUGAGAUCUCUGUUCCCUCUUGAGUCCAUCAAUAUGUUUCAAAUGAAUAAACAUCUAACCAAGCACAUAUGGCCUUUAGAGGAUAAUGCAGGAGAAUCAGGUGGCUCUAGCUCUCCGAAAAAUGGAAAGCUAAAAAUGGAAACAGAGGACGGAGACACAGAGAGUGAUGAACUAAACGAGAAUGAUGAAAAGCCAAAGAAGGAAGGGUGUGGUCUUCUUGCUCCCCUUCCACUCUCAGAUGCUCUUAUCAAGUUCUUGGGUGAUGGAGAAAGCUCGUUGUCAAGGGCAGAUGUGGUGAAGAGAUUGUGGGAGUACAUAGAACAGAAUGAUCUUCAGGAUCCUUCUGACAAGAAGAGAAUCAUAUGCGAUGAGAAGCUGAAAGAACUCUUUGAAGUUGAUUCGUUCGAAGACAUAUCAGUCUCAAAACUCCUGACCAGCCACUACAUCAAGAUCGAACAAUGACUAUGAAGCCUCUUUCAAAAGCGGAUGGUUUCCUGGGGAGAGUUUUAUUCGGAACAGUAGAGGUCGGUUCAGGACUUUAAACACGGCAAAGCCAUAGUCAAAAGACUAAAAAGGUAUUGCAUUGCAUUUUGAGACUUGGAAGCAUGUGUUUUCUGAAUUUGCUUGCAAGUGCAUCCUUUUGAAGCGAUCUCAAAUGUUGUCUUUUCGGUAUAUAGUGACAAAACUAGAACGGAUAUGUUUUGAGACCAAACUAAUUGUUUUAGUCAUUUCCUUUUUUAUUAUUGUAGACAAUAAAAGCACCAAAAACAGGAAUCACAUCACUUUUGUCUUAA